CUCCUCCCCCUUCUGCUUCCCCCCCACCUCCCUUCUCUUCUGCAAGAAAAUAAUUUGACAGCGAUUUGCUGACACCGGUUCUUUUCGGUUUUGUUGUGGUUGUUUUUCAUCACGGACUCGGCAAAGGCAGCACGGCGGGAGGGGUAGGCCGUGCCGGAGGUAAGUGCCGGUGCCCGGAGCCACCCCCAGCGCGGUGCGGGUGGGGGUGCAGCGAGCCCCCGCCCCGCCCCGCUCCGCUCCAUGUGCCGUCGCCGGGGUGGGUGCCUGGUAGCGGGGCCGGGGCCGGGCCGGGGGGAGUAUGUUUUCUGGCGGAGCGAUAUUUGUUUACAGGGCGAGCGCCGUACAGUAAGUGAAGUAGGACCGAGCUCGGGCAGCUCCCUAAUAAAUUAAUAUCGCAAUAGCUCCCUCUGCACACAUCGACAUCAGCCCCGCGCCUGACCGCGCCGCUCCCUGCGCCCGGCCCUCGCGCCUGCACUUGUUGCAGACUUCACGCCAGACAGUUUGGCCUCCACAAAUUGUACAGCCUCCCUCUUCCGUGCGUGGGAGAGUACAUACUGCUGCUGGAGAAAAGGAGGAGAGAUUAACAUUCAGCUGUUCUCUCCUCACUCUUUUCCGUCCUAUGGGCAUGAGAGACUUAGGAAUGAGCUGCUCCUUUGGGGAGUGUUUCUGCUCACUGCCCUGAUGAGAAGACCACAGAGACACUGAAUCACCGAUUGGAACAUUAAGAGGGCAUUUGAGCAUUUCUGUGAUGUGGAUGCAGAGGGAUGGGGUAGUUAAGAGCCACUCUAUUGAUGGCUGAAACAAAACAAUAAUGGAAUUUUAUGACUUGCUGGAUUCUGAAUAGAACAAGGAGAUGUGUCUGAUAAGAUACGUCCCUUUGAGAUCGCAGAAUGAAAGCUGCAUGAAAUGUUAUGGCAAGGACAGCACAGCAGGAUACAGAAAUCUCACAGAUCUUCAAAAAUCAGGUGCCUGGCACGCAGGACCUCUUGAUCAGGGUAGGAUUUGUGCUAUGGUCCAUUUAUUGAAGAUGUGAAGCAGUGUCCAGUCUGAGGUUGGAAUUACUGACAGCCUGGAGGCAAUCUUAGUCCUUGUGAUGCACAUGGACAUGCUGACUUUCAAGUAAUUCUAGCUUCUUUCCCCUUCCCCUCCCUUCCCCUCACUCAGCUAUCUCAGGGUUCAUAAGAUUUCAGUGGUUUGUGUGCCUGUAAGUUUGGAACAGAAGUGACCAAAAAUGGGGGACCAGCAAUUGUAUAAAACUGCCAACAGCAACGAGAACUUGUACUACCAACAACACCAAAUGAACUCCCUUCCAUCUCUAAAUCACAGCUAUGGGACCUCUGUUAUGGAUGCUCCCCAGACAUCUCCUCUCUCCCCUCAGUUUCCCCAAGAUUCAAGAAACAGUAUAGCUUUUCCCGUAGGUUCAAAAAGUCAUGGGUCAAUGGACACAUCUAGACAAACCAGUUGGACACAUUCUGGCUCAGGAAACCAUGUCCCAGUGAGGAACAAUCUGAAUAGUCAAAAUGCAAUGUGGAGUCCCCUUGGGCAAGGGGAGUCCCAUGAUGGAUACCAAUAUUCUUACUCUCAACCAAGUGAAAAUCGAUUGCAAAAAAUCACCAGUGGGGUCCUGCAUAAAUUGGACUCCUUUACACAAGUGUUUGCCAACCAAAAUCUGAGAAUUCAAGUCAACAACAUGGCUCAGGUUUUGCACACUGAGUCUUCAGUGAUGGAUAAUUCUAGUGACGGUGCGCUCAGGCAGCUGCUGUCCCAGAAGCCAGCAGUAGAGCAACAACCUGUAGCUUCCAGUGUGCAAAGGCAUCAACCACUGCUGCAGCAGGGACACCAGAGUUUCGCAAGUACCCUCCAAAAGCAGCAAAUGCAAGUCAUGCAGCACCAACAGUUGUACUAUGACUACCAGCAGCAUUUGUCGCAGAUGCAGAUGCAUUCUGCCUUCCAGCAAAGGCAGACGCACGCUCAACAAAUGCAGUCCCCGCAGCUCCUACCGCAGCAAAUGCAGCACUUGCAGCAGGCUCAGUACUACGCUCAGCCGCAGCAGGGGCACCAGCGGCUCUCAAUACCGGAGAUGCAGCAGCAGCCGACUCGGCAGCAGCAGCAGUGUCCAGUGCCAGUAGCUCAGUAUUACCAAGCCCAGCCUGUCAUGCAGCAGUUACAGCAGCAGCAGCAACAGAUGCAAUUGCCGCUUCCUCCGUAUCACAGGGAACCUGACCCAAAGACUAUGCACGAGCCACACCAGUACUCUCAAGAUACAAGUCACCCUGUGCAGCUUAUCCAGUUGGGAGCAGUGCCUCAAUAUUGCUACCAAGAUCCCCAUGAACAGUACAGGCACUUGUACCCACAGAGUUUACUGCAGCAGCAGCAAGAUCAGCAGAAGCAAUAUCCAAGCGAGGGCAGAGUGCCACCUCUGAAUUCCCACGUUGGUCUCAGUCCACCAGAGACCACGGAGGAUCCCUCGUUGCAAGAGCUUAAUUCUGUGGGUAAUGCCAUCCCUCAUCGAACUCCUUUGCCACCCUCAGGAGUUCAUUUGAACAACAAAAGCUCUCAGCAAGACUCUCCCGGCGCUAUGUGGCCUCAGGCACAACUGUCAGAUGGCAGACUGCAGCCGCUCUCCCCAGAACAAAGUGGCCAGAACAGAGAAAUGCUUCCUGAGAGAGCUGAUGCGAAGAACAGGCUAAUGUGUUCAGUAUGCUUGAAAGAGUUUAAGAGUUUGCCUGCUCUGAAUGGUCAUAUGAGGUCACACGGAGGAGUAAGAGCAUCUCCUAACUUCAAACAGGAAAUCAGCAAAAAGCUUCAUCAAAGUGCUGUAAAAUUGGAAGAAAACUUCAAACCACUGCAGGACAAGAAAAAGUAUCGACAUAGACCUGAACCUCUCUUCAUACCUCCUCCUUCCUUCAACUUCAGCAUGUCCCACUCUGGUGCCACCCUGUACCAGAGUCAGCUCCGCUCUCCUCGUGUUCUUGGGGAUCAUCUGCUAGACCGGACGCACGAGCUGCCCCCCUACACUCCACCACCAAUGCUUAGUCCGGUGCGGCAAGGCUCUGGUCUCUUCAGCAGUGUUAUCACAUCCUCUCACAGCACCUCGCACACUCAGCUGCCACUUACUCCACUGACACCUACUCCACGGGUGCUCCUGUGUCGCUCUAAUAGUAUUGAUGGAAGUGUUGUUCCAGUGACACCCGGGCCUGGAGAACAGACUGUUGAACCACGAAUCAAUAUUGGGUCCAGGUUCCAGGCUGAUAUUCCUGAGCUGCAGAACAGAUUGCUAAUGGAGAAAGAUGUGCAUAAGGCUACUUUGGUCUGGAAACCAUGGCCAGAACUGGAGAACAAAGUCUUCCAACAAAGAGUGGAAGACCUUCUAAAUAUGAGCUGUUCCAGUGUGUUACCUGGUGGAGGAACUAACUCAGAAUACGCUUUGCACUCUCUCUUUGAAGCAAAAGGAGAUAUUAUGGUUGCUCUUGAGAAGCUGCUGUUGAGAAAGCCAGUGAGAUUGAAGUGUCAUCCUUUGGCAAAUUACCACUAUGCCGGCUCUGACAAAUGGACACAUCAAGAAAGGAGGCUGUUCAAAGAGGCAUUGUCCACCUACAGCAAAGAUUUUGGUUUUGUACAGAAAAUGGUUAAGUCUAAGACAGUUGCACAGUGUGUGGAAUACUACUAUACCUGGAAAAAAAUCUUGCGCUUGGGUCGGAAGCACAGAACACGCUUAGAGAAAAAAAGAGAGGAGGAAUGCCUGACAAGCGGAGAAGAAGAGGUGUUGGAGGAAGAUGAGGAGAUUGAAGAAGAUAGAAAGGAAGAAAGGGAAAUGCAGAAGUCUCCUGACCCACCAACUAUCCCCCUUGUUGGACCUAUAGAUCUGCCUGCCCUUCACAGUCUGUCACUUUCUUCGUCCUUCAUCUGUGAAAUGCCAAAUUGUGGUGCUGUGUUCAGCUCCCGACAAGCACUAAAUGGGCACGCUCGCAUUCACGGCGGUACGAGCCAGGUGACCAAACCACGCUGCACCAUUCCAGGCGCUAAGCAGAAAUCUGGUACGCAGAGCGGAUACUGCUCCAUCAAAAGUUCACCUGCCCACAGCACAACGAGCGGUGAAACCGACCCAACCACAAUAUUUCCUUGCAAGGAGUGUGGCAAGGUAUUUUUCAAAAUCAAAAGCCGCAAUGCUCAUAUGAAGACUCACAGACAACAAGAAGAACAUCAGAGGCAGAAGGCUCAGAAAGCUGCUGUAGCAGCAGAAAUGGCAGCCACUAUUGCAAGAACUACUGGGCCAGUUGGGCAUAGUUUGAUCCCUCUGGAUCACAUGAGUUUGGCUAAACACGUUGAAAAUGUCAGUGACAUUGACGAUGAUGUUGUUCAGGAGCUGGGUGAUGUCAUGGAAGAAAAUGAAGUCAUGGAUGCUGACCUUUUAUUGGACGAUGAAGAUGCUGAUCUACUGCAGGAUGAUGCUGAGUUGUAAAUAAAGUCAUUUGAUAAAGACAGCUACUGAGCACAGCCUGAAUGGAUCAGUCAGGAAACCUGGACUGCUUGUUUAUUCCCCACUGAUUGUAAACUACCUGUUGAAAAUGAUAAUUCUUUUAUCCAGGUCUAGAAAAAGAAAUCUGCUUUUUCCCCCUUUUUAAUUUUUUUUAAUUAAUUUGUGUUUUGGGGUAAAAAAAUAAAUAGUUGGUGCAAAUAUUCUUUAUAA